UUUAUAACUAGCUAAACAUUUCUAUAACACUACACGUUCUGUUGUUUUUGUUUUAAAUUAUUUCCACAUGAAAAUGUCUGCAUUGGAGUUGGACUUCAACGCUAUCUCCAAAGAUGAAGAGGAGGAAAAUACGUGGUCAAAUGACAACAACACCCCAGAAGACAGGAAUGAGACAGACAUUAUUCAAGCCCCAUCCAGUUCUGGGCACACACAUGAGCUUUUUAAAACUAAUGCUGAAAGAAGGACACAAUCAUCUGGUGCUACAAAAGAACAAGAUGUGGAUGCAUUAGAAAAUAUCCAAGGAACUGAAGUCCACAGCCCAAGUCCAGAGACUAUUGAGAAUAAGCCAUGGAUGAAACCUGGUGCUAACAUCUCAGAUUACUUCAACUAUGGUUUUGAUGAAGAAAGCUGGGACGCCUACUGCAAGAGACAGACAACACUUUGUGAAGUUAAUGGAAAACCAUUUCCAAAACUCUUGCCACAGAUGUGGAAAACUGUAAAAGAAGAGGAGCAGCCUUGUUGUGCUUAUUCUUCCUUUGCCAGACCAGCUUCUAGGGACAAAAGAGCAUCAAGUGCUGCCUCUAAUGUGACUGGAGGACACGCUGGAUCGAACACCAGAGAGAAAGGGUGGCGAUGCCUCAGUCAUAGCAGCAACACCACUCAGGUAGUUACUGAGAUGUCCCACAAGGCAGAUCUGCCACCUCCAUCCAAUACCUUUGCAUUUAUUUCUCCACCACCGUUCCUCUUUCGGUCAGGACCCCCUGCUUCUUCCCCUUCUACAAUUUUGAACAGUGGACAUUCAAAAGACUUGACUUCAUCAUACCCACAAUCCUCAGAGAGUAUGGCUGUCAACGUCGGAAUGAUUGAUACUGCCAAGGCCUGGGAAUGCUACAUGUGGCAGCUGAAGUGUGACAAGGACAGGGACAAAGCCAGAGAACAAGGUCGUAACAAAGACAGAAAUAUAAAGAAGGAGAGCAGAUCCUCUGCACACAACAGUGGGGAGGAGCAACUGAAGCACAGGGACACUGUGGAGCAAGGGCAGAAACGACGCAGUUCUGUAAAAGACAGUGGAGAAAAGAGACACAAAAGUGAGGGGUGGCACAAAACAUCGCAAAGCAGCAGGAACAGGAGAGAUGAUGAUGAGGACAGAGACACAAACAUAAAGGCCAAGAGAAGCAGGACGAAGAGUAACAAGAUGUUCUCUGCUGACCAAAAAAGGAAAUUAAAGUCUUACUGACUUUUCAGUUUAAUGAGAGGAACUCCCCUCUGGCAUCUUACAGUAUGUUGCAUCAGAAAAUACAUUGGUCCUAGACGUAUUUAUUGCGAACCCAGAGUUUAAUUUUCUUAGAAAAGCUACUGUUUUUUUAAUCAUUUAUAUAAUAUGCAUGUCUUGUAUCUCUUGUAGUGUUGUUCUUAUUGAGUUGCAGAAAGACCUCAGCUGUCCUUUUAAUCAGUUUUCUCACACCUUCCUCUUUUUCAAAUGACUUUAUUGAUUCAUUUAACCAAAUGUACCAUCAGAUAUACUAUACAGGCCGAAGCGUGACACACAGAACCACAGCAGAUGGACCUCAGACCAUCCACUGAUACACAGAAACCAAGUCAGUUUUUUUUUCUUAAAAGUAAGAAAAUUAGUAAGGCCUCCACAAUGUCACCUAAUUAAAUAUUAUCUUUUUUAACAU